AUGGCUGAUCAACCAUCAGCCAGUGACAAGAAAAACACCCGGGCUCCGCGAGUCAUGUGGAAAUUGUCUAGGCCAGUUACAGAUACGGUUUCGCCAUCUUUUCCGCGCAAAGACUCCCAGGACCACACGAGGGCAGCUAGCUAUAAAACAAUAUCUCUCGUGUCAAGUGUUAUGUGUCUGAUGUUUGGCUCAGAAAAUGAUCCGUCCAUCGGUAUCUUAAAAGUCAUAAUCAGUGCUUUGCGAAUGUCUGAACGUCCGAAUCUUCAUGAUAAACUUACACCGUCUGCGAUUUCUAUUAAGCUUGGCGAGAGCAUUACUGCACAUCAUCACUCCUAUCACUUCAUUACCAAAGCUUUCUAG